GUUUUCUCGCAAACUCACGGCACCCAAUGUCUCUGAGACCAUGCCGUUGAGUGUGCUGGUGACGACAUGCCUCCGCAUGAGAGCCGCCGAGGAGGCCAUCGAAAGCCACUGCACGGACGUUUGUCCGGAUCCGACACUGCAGGCCAAGUACCAUCCCUUUCUGCAGUCGAGCAGAAGACGCGGGAACAAAUCCUUGAAGAUGGCUCUGACAAGCAGGUUCAUGGCUCGUGGUGCUGGGUACGUGACACUAAAAACCGACCGCAACCUCGCCGACAUGGGCAUCGUGUCCGAGAGGUCUGUCUUCGCCACGAAGACCGGGGAGGAGUACGCGGGCAGGUUGCUCAUGAAGGCCGAGUCCCAAGUUGCUGCCUGCAUCAGCAAGCAGAAGCUUCAGACCAUAAACUUCUGCAUGGACGGAGCGAGCUACGCCGGGGAACACGUGCUCUCAGUUGUCCUCCGUCUUGGUGGUUACCACUUUGCCGGCCCCACUCAGAUGGUCAAUGUGAGUGCCUGUGGCAAGACAGAAGCCGAGCAGGCGGUCGAGACCCUGGGACAGGUUCUUCAAGGGGAGAGGCCUGCUGACGCAACGUCCUCCGUGGGCAUGCCGAAGGAUGCCUUCAAGUUCCGAGAGUAUCGCACGCCGACGAAGAACUUGCUUUGUGCCCUUGCCAACAGCCUGCAGCACGUUAUGCCGCAAGGGUGGACUUUGCUGAAGUGCCGCCCGCCCAAUCCUCUGAAGCCUGCCACAGCAGGCUGCAGUCGCAUAUCCUACGAUCAGUCGGAGAUGGAUGUCAUGGUGCCCCCACCUCCAGCUGGCUCAAACCUGCACCUCAUCUGGGAUAGUGAGAGAUUGGAAGCUCGUGCUGACCACUACGAGCACGAGGAUUUCACGCGCCUGGUCUUUGCGGCCGACGAAGGAACAGAGGCUGGUAGGGUAGGCCGUUUCCACUAG